GAUGUGGUGAAGCGAAAGAGAGAGAGAGAGAGGAGGUGCUGCUGCUCGGGACAGCGAGACGUGGCGCGCUUACACGGACAGCAGCUGGAGACUCGAGCGAGUUAAAAGUUCGCUGGGAAGGGCGGAAAAUCACGGGCCAACGGCCGCUCCAUACAAGGCAAGGUCGGGUGGGGAACAGUUUAGGGAGCAGCGCUGAUCCAAUCAUCUGCGCUCCGGGGAAGAGCCCGGAACCAAAGCGACGCCACUCGUUUUGUUUUCUGUCAAGAUCGGUACGCGUCCGAGAUGUUGCUGUAGAAACUCUGACGCGUCUGUAGUUGUUUAGUUUUGUUGUUGUUGUUUGUUUUGGAUUUGCGUACUUUGGAGAUGAGUGCGUCAGUUAACGGAGUGGAACCCAAACCCGCUCAAGCGGUCAGCCAGAACGGACCCGGGUCUCCUCCACAGACCCCCAAAGAUGUUACACCACCGGAGCUUGAACUACCGGACGAGGAGCCGCAGUCUUCGGUCACGGAAGCCACGCAGAUGGGGAUUAAGUUCGCAAAGACGUUCCUGCUGAUUUUCCCUAUAUACUUGCUGGGAUAUCUGGAGUUCAGUUUCAGCUGGGUUUUGAUCGGCCUGGGAUUGGUGUUUUGGCUGAAACGGAAUCAGGGCAGCAGGUUCGCCCGGGUGAACCAGGCGAUGGCGUUUCUGGAGCAGGAGGAGCGCACGGUGCGGCAGACCAUCCGGAGCUCAGAGCUGCCGCCGUGGGUUCAUUUUCCAGAUGUGGAGCGAGUGGAGUGGCUCAAUAAGACUGUGCAGCAGAUGUGGCCGUAUAUUUGUCAGUUUGUAGAGAAGAUCUUCAAAGAGACCAUUGAACCAGCUGUGCAGGGAGCCAACACGCACCUUAGUACUUUCACCUUCUCUAAGAUAGAUAUGGGGGACAAGCCUCUCAGGGUGGAUGGAGUGAAAGUUUAUACAGAGAAUGUAGAUAAACGACAGAUUAUUAUGGACCUACAGAUCAAUUUUGUUGGAAACACUGAAAUUGAUGUGGACAUUAAGAAAUACUACUGCCGUGCAGGAAUCAGAAGUAUUCAGCUGAAUGGGGUGUUGAGGGUCAUCAUGGAACCGCUGUUAGGAGACAUGCCUCUGGUCGGCGCACUAUCUGUGUUCUUCCUUAAGAAACCUUUUCUGGACAUUAACUGGACGGGUCUCACAAAUAUGCUGGACAUUCCUGGAGUAAAUGCUCUGUGUGACAAUGUUAUUCAGGAUAUCAUAAACGGUUGCCUUGUGCACCCAAACAAAAUCACUGUCCCACUGGCAGAUGAUGCUCUGAUUGCCAAACUCCGCUUCCCGAUGCCGAGGGGGAUUCUGCGAAUUCACUUUCUGGAGGCACAGGACCUGUUAUCGAAGGACACUUAUAUGGGAGGUCUGAUUAAAGGAAAGUCAGACCCUUAUGGAGUCAUUAAAGUCAACAAUCAGCUCUUCAGGUCCAAAAUCAUCAAAGAUUCUUUAUGUCCUAAGUGGAAUGAAGUGUACGAGGCGUUUGUGUAUGAUGGUCAAGGACAGGAUGUGUUCAUAGAGCUGUUUGAUGAGGAUACAGAUCAUGAUGAUUUUCUGGGAAGCCUCACCAUGAAUAUAGAUGAGAUACAGAGGCAACAGAAAGUAGAUGAGUGGUUUGAUCUUGAUUGUGUUCCUAACGGAAAGCUCCAUGUGAAGGCUGAAUGGCUUUCUCUUCACACAAAACCGGAUAAACUUGAUGAGGUUUUAAGCAGCAUUAAAGCAGAUAAAGGACAGGCCAAUGAUGGACUGUCAUCAGCAUUACUGCUAGUGCACCUGGACUCAGCCAAAAAUCUGCCAGGUGUUUUUGAGGGGCAGGUGGGCAGUGGGUGUCUAAGAGAGCGCCGCUCUGCUGGCCUGGUGUUCUGUGAAAACACUUCCGCCCUCUACAGGACGAUGUUUUCUGGUAAAAAUGUCACCAGUGUGCCCAAUCCGUUCGUCCAGUUUACCGUCGGACACAAAUCCUUUGAAAGCAAGACUAGAUUUAAAACAAUUGAGCCGGUUUGGGAGGAGACCUUCACAUUCCUCAUUCACAAUCCAACGUGUCAAAACCUUGAAGUGGAGGUAAAAGAUGAGAAACACGAGUGUUCUCUGGGGACGAUCACUCUUCCUCUGGCUGAUUUGCUGAAGGAGAAACAGAUGACGACGAGUCAGAGAUUCCCACUCAAGAACUCAGGACCCGGUUCUACACUUAAGAUGAAGAUGGCACUUAGGAUUCUGUCUCUGGAUAAAUUGGCAACAUCAGAUAAUCCGUCCUCAGCUCAGGUCCCCAGGGCUGGCUCUGUGAGGAAGACAUCCAACGCUACUCCUCAGCGGCCAGCUGUUUCAGAGCCCGCCAAAACAUCUAAAACCCAGCAGCCCACACCUGCACCCCGAACCCAGCCCACCCCAACCCCCUCUCUACAGGUGGAACCCCUAACAGACCGCAAACUCCUGGAAGAAUCCCCCGCACAUCUGGCUAAAUCAGGCAGGAGCACGUCUAACCUGGCCAUUUCUGGCUCCAAUCUCUACCUGAACAGCAAAGAGCAAACGCCCAGCAUCGCCUCUGACAUCUCCAAUAUCGCCGCCACACAGGAGCUCCAGAAGACCAUACAGCAGCUACAUAACGGCGCUUCACCGGGUUUCGCUCCUCUGGGUGAAAUUGAGCUAACCAUCAGACACAGUCCCCAAAGAAAUAAGCUGAUUGUCGUGGUACACAGAUGCAGAAAUCUGAUCUCUGCUUCUCAAUCUGGUUCCGAUCCAUACGUACGUUUGUAUUUGCUACCUGAUAAGCGGCGCUCUGGACGCAGAAAAACAAGCACAGCAAAGAAAACAGUGAACCCCGUCUUUGAUCAAACGUUUGAGUUCACAGUGUCCAUCGGGGAGUUGCAGAAGAAAAUUCUAGAUGUGGCUGUGAAGAAUGGAGGAGGAAUACUGGCAAAACACAGAGGGCUGCUAGGAAAGGUGAUAGUUGAAUUUACCCUCGAGGACUUAUCAAAGAACUCAACGCAAUGGUAUGAGCUUUCAGUGGACGGACUGAAGCGACCGUCACCUUAAUCACAGAAAACUACAACAUGAAGAAAAAGAAAAACUACAAAUCCCUGCGCAAGACUCCAAACCUCAGCUAUGUUUAAGCCAUGUGUUUUAGCCUUUGGGCAAAAUUUGUACUUCUUUGAUUACUUUUAAUAGAUUUGUAGUAGGAAAGAAGAAAAAAAACUCUACUGCUGUUAUGUGCACUGACUUGGCAAGAGUAAAAGAGAAUGAGAGAACGUUUUAAAGGGAAAUGGUUCAUUUGUUGGAUUGUUUUGGGUUACACUUUAUUUUGAUGGUUGGUUUGUUGAAUUUAAGUUACACUGCAUCUACAUGCCAACAAAUUCUCAUUAGAUUAUAAGUAGACUGUUAGGUUAGGGUUAGUGUAAGUUGACAUGUACUUGCAAAGUUUCUUAUAGUCAGUUAAAUGUCUGUUGAAGGAGCAGCAUCAGCAGAUAUUAAGCAGACAGUCUACUAAUACUCAAAUGGACCAUCAAAAUAAAGUGUUACCUUCAAUUGUUGUUUACACAUUAAGGACUUCUAAAGCAAGAGUGGAAAACUCUAAGAGCAUCCGUCAAACAUGCAAUAAUGGUGGAACGAUUAUAUAAAAUAUACAGUUAUGGGGGAAAUGCUUAGAAAUUCUCAAUUUUUCUGAAUUUGUGACUUCAUGUUGUUUUUUUCUGCAAACUACUGAUGACAUUUCUUCUACUUUUUAAAAUAAGGUUUUACAUUUUUAUGCAACACGUAAUAUCAAUGUUUUAACAUCUGGGGAGUUAAAACUCUGUCAAAUGUCAAUGGUCACAAACUUGUUUAAGUUUCUUUUUUAUUUUCUCUAGAACAAAGUUAUUUUGAUGAAUGUCAGAAACCGGUAACCACUGACUUCCAUAGUAUUUGUUCUUUUCGGUUAUAGGCUUCUAACAUUUUUCUAAAUAUCUUCUUUUGUGUUCAAUGGGGUGAAAAAGAAAUUUGUAAAGGUUUAGAAGCACUUGAGGGUGAGUAAAUAGUAAACUAUUUUAAAAGAUUAAUUUAUUAUUUUGACUAUAAUUUCCUGCAAAUAAGGACCAUAUUUAUUUGAAGUUUGGAAGAAAAGUCCUCAAACUUUACAGAAUGAAACAGACAUUAACAUUUGACCAUCUGUAAUAAAUCCAGAAAAACUGAAUUUUUAUGUGAUCGUUUCCAUAGCUGUGUGUGUAUAUGCAUCUAUCUCUGAGCUCAGACUGUAAAUACAUAAAUAAAUAGUAAAUAUUCUAAUAUUUGGAAAGGUUUGAUUAAUAAUAACCCUAAAAGUUCUUGUUAAACAAGCACUCGUGCUUGCUUUGAAAGUGUUAUACAUUAUAACGAUGGUCUCAAACUAAAUUCCUGGAGGGCCGCAGCUCUGCAUAGUUUAGCUCCAACCACCUCCAACUCACACCUGCUUAAUAGUCUCUAGUAGUUUUAAACACCUUGAUUAGUUGGAUCAGCUGUGUUUGAUAAGGGUUGGAGCAAAACUGUGCAGAGCUGCGGCCCUCCAGUAAUCGAGUCUGAGACCUAUGCAUUAUAAUCUCCAUCAAUGUCUACAGAUGCUCCUUUUAGGAGACAGAUCUACCAAAGAAGUGCUUGGCUCAUCGAUGUAAAGUGUGGUGAGUUUCUAAUUAAACCAAAUACGCACCUACAUGUUUUUGUAACACUUUACAAUCCAUGACAUGUAGUUAAUGUUAAUUAAUAUUCACUAACAUGAGCAAAACACUUAAUAAAGUACUUAUUCAUGUUUGUUAAUGUUAGAAAAUGAAAACAGUUGUUCAUUGUUAGUUCAUUUUAACGCACAGUGCGUUAACUAAUGUUAUUUCUAAAUAAUCCAUUAGUAAAUGUUGAUCUAUGAUUAGUGAAUGCUGUGCGAGCUUCAUGUUAGUAAAUACAUUAGCAAACAUUAACUACCCAUCCUGUAUUGUAAAGUGUUACCAUGUCUUGCACACCCAAGUGUUCACAUAUAUAUAAAUAAUUAUGUGUUUAUACAUUCUCUUGUGUGGUUCAGCACAGAACAAAACAUAACCAUAUCACAUAACCACAACUGUCCAAUGUUGCUAUACAUCUAAAUAAUAUUUAGCGUAACACUUAUUCACAAAUUCACUCCUCGUCCAGAAACACCCGUUCACCUCUCAGCCCCUGUACUCCCGCUGUGCUUCUUCACCAGUUGAAUAUUUUUGUGUGUGUAGUCUGGUGUUAAAGUGAAGGUUGCGGUUUGGUCUUCUGUAGCAUCACUGAGCUGAGCCUGUGCUAUGCAGACGGUCAGACCUCAAACUGUUCUGACUUUAUUCCUGUCAGCAAGAAUGUGUUUUUAUUCUAUAAAUUAUUGUGUAUAUUAUGUCAGAUUUUAUUAUGCUUUUAUUAUUGUUUAUGAUUUAUGCGGACGUAUGCAGUUAGAGCACCUCUCUCUGCUGAGCUUGCCUUAUUGAUGUAUAUAUAAAUAAAUAUAUAUAUAUAUAUGUAUUUCCUGUGCCUUAUGACCAACAAUAUACUGACCUUAGAGGAUAUUUGGCUUCAGAUAUAGGAUUGUGAAGUCUCUGUAUUUGAUGAUAUCCAAGGUUUUCUUUUCAAUAAACAGUUUCUUCUGUA